GGCCUUGCCUUGCCAGAUGCAGGCUUGCGAUCGUCUGCACUCACCCUGGCAGCGUGGGGCGUCACCGCGCCAGGGCGCCUCAGCAAGAGUGCAGCGAAGGCGCGCGAGAGAUGUGCGUGCAAGUGCAUGCGAGGCGUGGGGGAAGGCUGCGCGCGGCGAGGGCCGUGCUGGGCGUGCACCUUACGUAAGCAACGCAUGGCCUCCACUCCCUCGCGUGCUGAGCACUCUCGCUCCUCCUCCCUCCUCUUCCCCCAUCUCCGCUCCUGUCCCGCAGCAUGUCCUUCUUCCCGCCCGUGCCCGACUUUGUCGCGCGUCUCUUCUCCGCCUUCCCCCUGCACGUCUUCCCCGCCGCCGCCUGCCACCCGCCCCUGCCUGCGCCCUCGGCGCGCGCGCAGCUCGUGGUGCCGCGCCCGCGCCGCGACUUGCGCGCGCGCGAUGCGCCCGGCGACGUGGCGGCGCUGCGCUGGCUCGUCGAGGCCGAGCUGCGCGGCGUGCAGCUCGAGGUCGUAGAGCUCGACUUUGCCGAAGAUGCAUGGGGCGCACAGGACGCUCCGCCCUUCCUCAUCGCGCCGCACGGUCGCCUCGUCGUGCCCACUGCCGGCCUGCACACGUACUUCUCCACGCAUGCUCCCUUUGAAUGGGAGCGUGCCGAGCUACCAGAGACCCACUCGACGGCUGCGGUGCCGGGUCCGUGGACGACGUCGGCACAGGCGGCACAGGCGCAUGCGCUGGCCGCAUUGCUCGAGACGGAUCUGCAGGCGGGCGUGCUGCAAGCCCAAGCGGCUCUGCCCGACCCCUCCGGCAGUGCACGAGCGCUCCUCUCGCGCGCCGCACACGCCCAGCGCCUCUCUCCCGCGCGCCGUGCGCGCGCGCAGGCGGCCAAGCUGGCGCCACUGACACCGACGGCGCGUGUGCCGGGCUGGGAGUGGAGUCUGGCAGGCCUGCUGGGCGGCAGUGGCGUGCUGAGCACGGGCGCGGCAGAGGAGGACGAGGAGGAAUCGUCGCAGCUGGCGUGGGAUCCUGCGGCUGCGCUGGCGCGCGCGAGGGAAGCCAUCGCAGCGGUGGCGCAGAUGGUGCAGCCUGAAGGCUGGUGCUGCGGCGCCAGAUCUGCCACCCCGCUGGAUGCGCUGCUCUUCGCGCAGCUACACACGCUCCUCAGCUUGCCGCUGCCGCCCGGAGUGCACGGCGCUGCCGAGCCAGGCAGUCUGCGCGAGGAGCUGCUGCGGCAUCCCAACCUCAUUGCGUGGACGCGGCGCGUCUACGCGGCGCGCGAGCGCAAGACGCAAUGAACAAUCGAUUCCUGAGCGACGGGAGUCACAUCGGCUGGAUGGGUGGGU